ACAGGGCUGGGUUUCACCUGAGCCCUAGGCUCCUGGGACGCAGGAAGGUUGAGAAAUCUACCCCCCUCCCCGUGUGCUCCAGGAAAGACAUCGCUGCAGAGAACCCCCUUGCCUGGGUGACCCCGUAACACAUGCCCCCUUGUUGGCCUGUGGCAAGGCCAGAUACCAGUCCUCCCAGCUCUCAUCCUGUGCCUCGCCAGCGGCUAGCUGGACUGUAGCCCCUGCUGCUCAACCAGGACAAAAAGCGCGGGUUUGACAAGGGGUCUGGGUGCAAGCUGAUGGGUGAUCUAUUUGGGGUUGUGAAUGAGCAGACAGUGGGGGUAGGAAUUGGAGGUAUCAGCCUAUUGGUGUUAGUGUAGAGCUGGUGGCCCUUUUGGGUGUUGAUUAGGAGGACUGUAGGGGUGUUAGUGAAUGGUGGGUGAGCAUGGGGUAGAUUAGAAAAUGGGGUCUCAUGGAAAUGAAUGGUUAGGGCCCCUGUAUGAUUAGGGAUUGGCCAUCCCUUGGGUGUAGUGAUGGAGGCUAGCAAGCCUGAGGGGGCUCUGUAAGAACAGUGACUGGGGCACUUUUAGGGUGAGUGGAUGGGUAACUGUAGAAAGGAGUUGGGACUCUGUGUUUGGGAUUUCACUGACUCCACUUCUAGUCAACAAAUAGAAUAGGCUCUGUCGAGAUUAUUGGGUGGGAGUGCGGGGCAUCCAGUGAGGGGUUUCGUGGCGUCAGUGUUGAGAAGCUUUUGGGAAUCAGUGAUGAGAGGCUGACCAUGGCUGGUGUUUGGGGCUGAGUGAGGAGGAGCCUGGAAUGAUCAGGAAUCAGGGGUCCUGUAGAUACCUGGUUGGGGGUGGGGCUGUGGAGAGACUUUGGAUUUCACUGAUGGAUACACUCCUGUGUCACCUGGGGGUUGAUGACUGGGGGCUUUGCUAGAGGAGUCACUGGGGAUGUGCAUGUGUAACUGAAGGUCCAGGAGGGACAGCCUGUAAAGUCAGCAGUCAGGGUCCUGGUGGGAUGAGGGACAAGUGGGGGAAGUGAUAGCGGGGCUUGUGGCGCUCGGUGACUGUGUGGUCUGGAGACUUGUGAGGGCUCUGUUGUGGUCAGUGAGUGAGGGGCUGGAGAAUUCUCAGGUGGUCAGUGUGGGUAAGUGGGAGCCUCUGAGUGCUUAAGUUCCGUCCAUGGGCUGGGGUGGCAGGGGGGUUCAGUCAUUCUGUGGGGACUUAUGUGUGAUUGAGGCUAUCUUUGGUGAUAGGACCUCUGGGAGUUGUGUUUGUGGGUUUGGGUGGGUCCCAGUGAGUGUUGGUCACGCAUUGGCUCAGGCAAGACUCUCACAUAGUGACUUCUGUUGAAUGACAUACUCUUUUUUGUUCUUUGGUUCUUCUCACCCAGCACAUCACGUUGUUGGUUUGUGAUGGCUUCUUUUACUGGAAUAUUUCCUUAUGUUCUCAGUGACCCCAUUGGCCCUAAGGUCCUCCCCCUUGCAGGCUGAGUCCCUGUGUCCUCCCCCAUCCCUGAAGCACCUUCAGCUCUGUCUAGCUCCAGCCCUCUUGAAUGUAGUGCUCUGUGAUGGGCAUGGUCUUCCCACAGCCUUCCGCUUCCUGCUCACUGUCUGCAGAGGGCAUGGGCUUUGCUAACUGAGCUGUGUAGGGUUCCUGAGCAUGUGGUUUUGAGCGAAGCCUUGUCUCAUCUCUUUCCAGCCCUCAGCCCAACUUGGGGUAGGUUGUAACUGCCUCAAGGGGGCUGGUGUUCUGGCUCUGCUCCUGUUAGCUGCCCUGGGGCAGAACCCGGCAGUUGGCUAACAUCCAGGCAUAAAUUUCUCUCUUCAUUUGUGGCUGACUUUUCACUAUGUCCAUUGGGACAUUGGAGACCCCCUCCCCUGUGCUUGAAUGAAACGGUGCCUUUAGACAAAGAGCUCUUGCUGUCCAUCUUGUACAGGUGCUAUACCCUCUCUUUGUUCAGCUUAUUUUUUGGAAAGGUGCCCGCUGACCUGUCCACCAUGUUCGGGCUUCCUCGUUAGCCUGUCAGCCUUUGGAGACCAAGCUCAGCAGCCAUUCCUGGACCCCAGGUAUGUUCUUAGGAAGGCAGUAACAUCUCUGUGCGAUUUCAUGCCUCUGAAGUCCCUGGCGCUUGUCUCCUCUCUGGUUGAAUGUAAGUGACCUGGUCCAUGAGCAGUGAAGGAAUUCAAGGUGCCAUGGCUGAGGAACAAGAAAACUCAUGUGAGAUAAGAAAGAAGAGGCCUCAGGACUAGGGGUGCUCUCUUAGUUUACAGACAUUUGACCAGAAGCCUCUCUCCAGAGGAUCAGGACAGAGAGGAGUCACAGAACGGAGCCGAUUUUCCAAGCCGCAGAAAAUGAUCAAGUCACAGAUCUCCUUUGAGGAUGUGGCUGUGGGCUUCACGUCGGAGGAGUGGCAGCUACUUAACCCUUCUCAGAAGAGCUUGUACAGAGAGGUGAUGUUGGAGAACUACAGCAAUCUAGUUUUCUUGGGUUGUCAAAUUAUCAAACCUGAUGCAAUUUUCAAGCUGGAGCACGAAGAGCCGUGGAUAAUAGAUGAAGAAGUUCUAAGUCAGAACUUUUCAGAAGAAGUCUGGCUAGAUAACAGUCUCAAAAUGUGGCACCAGGAUAAUCAAGACAAGCUUAGAAGUAUGGAGAGAGGCCAUGAAUAUGAUGUUUUUAGGAAAAUAUUUCAUUCAAGCAUUAACUUUGUUCAUUUAGGAAUGAGACCCCAUAAAUGUGGCACAGGUGAAAAAAGUCUGAAACAUCCUUUUGAGUUCCUUAUUCCAAAAAAUAACCGUAGAAGAAAGAAACUUGAUGAGCUCAAUAAGAAAUAUUUAUUGUAUGUCAGAGCUGAUAGAACCCAUGGUGAAAGGCCAUACUGUGAUUGCAGUAAAUGUAGGAAGACUAGCAGGACAGGGUCGUGGCCCAUUGCAAACCGCAGAACGCACCCAGGAGUCCAUUUAUGCUUGGAGUGCGGCAGCAUUUUCAGUAAGAAGUCACAGUUCCUCGUACACCAGCGGACGCACACAGGAGAGAAGCCCUACGGCUGCAGCGAAUGUGGGAAAGCCUUCUCCCAGAAGUCACUGCUCACUAUUCAUCAGAGGACUCAUUCAGGAGAAAAACCAUAUGGAUGUGGUGAAUGUCAGAAAGCUUUCAGUAGGAAGUCCCUGCUCAUUUUACACCAGAGGACGCACACAGGAGAGAAGCCCUAUGGAUGCAGUGAGUGUGGGAAAGCCUUCAGCAGGAAGUCGCAGCUCAAGAGACAUCAGAGAACCCACACAGUCGAGAAGCCCUACGGCUGCAGUGACUGUGGGAAAGCCUUCUCCCAGAAGUUAAAGCUCAUUACCCAUCAGAGAACCCACACAGGAGAGAAGCCCUAUAAGUGUAGUGAUUGUGGGAAAGCCUUCUUCUGGAAGUCACAGCUGAUUACUCAUCAGAGGACUCACACGGGGAAAAAACCAUACGCAUGUAACGAGUGCACAAAAGCCUUCAGCAGGAACUCGCUGCUCAUCAGACAUCAGAGGAUCCACACGGGGGAAAAACCCUAUGAGUGCAGCGAGUGUGGGGAAGCCUUCAUCAGAAAGCCACAGCUUAUCAAGCAUCAACUAACUCACACGGGAGAGAAGAACUACCAGUGCGCUGAUUGUGAAGAAGCAUUCUUUAAGAAGUCAGAGCUAAUCAGACAUCAGAAGACUCACUUAGGGGAGAAACCCUACGGAUGCGUUGAAUGUGGAAAAACCUUCUUUGGGAAGUCACAGCUCCUAACACAUCAGAGAACUCACACUGGAGAGAAACCGUAUGAAUGCAGUGAGUGUGGAAAGGCCUUCACCCAGAAGUCAAGCCUGAUUUCACACCAGAGGACACACACAGGAGAGAAGCCCUAUGAGUGCACAGAGUGUGGGAAGACCUUCAGUGAGAAAUCAAGCCUCAUUCAUCACCAGAGAACCCAUACUGGAGAGAAACCCUUCGAAUGUAGUGAGUGUAGGAAAGCUUUUGCCUGGAAGCCACAGCUUCUUAGGCAUCAAAGAAUUCAUACAGGGGAGAAACCCUAUGAAUGCAGUGAGUGUGGGAAGGCCUUUGUUCAGAAAGUGCAGCUCAUUAAGCAUCAGAGAAAUCACACAGGAGAGAAAACCUAUGGAUGCAGUGAUUGCGCAAAAGCCUUCUUUGAGAAGGCACAGCUUGUUAUCCAUCAGAGAAUUCACACAGGAGAGAGACCCUAUAAAUGUGGUGAAUGUGGGAAGUCUUUCACUAGAAAGUCUCACCUUAUGAGGCAUCAGAGAAUUCAUACAGGAGAUAAAUACUAUGGGUGCAGUGAGUGUGGGACUGCUUUCAGCAGGAAGUCGCAGCUCAUGAUUCAUCAGAGGACUCACGUCCUCUAGAAACCAUGUGAAUGCUGUGAACGUGGAAGAUUUACUG